AUGGAUGCCGCUUCACUCUUCAACGUCAAGGACAAAAUCGUCCUCGUCACGGGCGGCGCAAAGGGCAUCGGCCUCAUGAUCUCGGAGGGCUUCGUCGCCAACGGCGCGACGGUCUACGUCUCCUCCCGCGACGCCGCCGCCUGCGCCUCCGCCGCCGAGGCCCUGACGGCAAAGGGGCCCGGCAAGGCCCACGCCAUCCCCGCGGACCUGCAGAAGCUCGACGACUGCAAGGCCCUCGUCGCCUCCCUCGCCGAGAAGACGGGCGGCAAGCUCCACGUCCUCGUCAACAACUCGGGCGCCGCCUGGGGCGACUCCUUCGACACCUACCCGGACGCCGCCUGGUCCAAGCUGCUCACGCUCAACCUGCACCGCGUCUUCACGCUCACCCAACUCGCGGCGCCGCUGUUGGAGGCCGGAGCCAAGGAGGGGGACCCGGCAAGGGUGAUCAACAUCGGGAGCGUGGACGGGCUGCGGGUGCCGCUGAUGAGCAGCUUCGCGUACAGCGCGAGCAAGGCCGGGCUGCACCACCUGUCGCGGGCGCUGGCGCGGGAGCUGGGGCCGAGGGGGGUGACGAGCAACACGCUCGCGUGCGGGCCGUUCGAGAGCAAGAUGAUGAAGGCGACGCUGGAGUCGAUGAGGGCGACGAUCGAGGAGGAGAUCCCGAUGCGGAGGAUCGGGACGCCGCAGGACGUCGCGGGGGCGUGUUUGUUUUUGGCGUCGAGGGCGGGCGCGUUCGUGACGGGGGCGACGAUCACGGUUGAUGGCGGGAUCGUGUUGGCUUCCAAAUUGUGA